AUGCCUGUCAAAGAAACUGAUAGAGAGGUUGUCCUAACCCGUCCUGAUGACGAAACUACCAGCGUCACCAUUUUGAAGUACGGUGCUACAGUUUAUUCUUGGAAGUUGAAAUCUGAAGAACAAUUGUGGCUGUCUACUGCAGCUAAACUGGAUGGCUCUAAGCCCGUAAGAGGUGGUAUACCUUUAGUCUUUCCUGUUUUUGGGAAAAAUACCACUGAUGAGUAUCUGAGUAAAUUGCCCCAACAUGGUCUUGCAAGAAACUCCACUUGGGAAUUCUUGGGCCAAACCAAGAGUGACCCACCAACGGUUCAAUUUGGUUUGAAGCCCGAAAUCGCCAAUCCGGAGUUGACCAAGUUAUGGCCAAUGGAUUUUCUUUUGAUUUUAACCGUUGAAUUGGGUGUUGAUUCUUUAAAAACCGCAAUAGAAGUGGAGAACACUUCCACUUCCAAGGAACUAAAAUUCAACUGGUUGUUCCAUACUUAUUUCAGAAUUGAAGACAUCGAAGGAACGAUGGUCUCCAACUUGGCUGGUAUGAAACUUUACGACCAACUGUUGAAGGAGUCAUACGUGGAUAAACACCCGGUGGUCACUUUCCAUCAAGAAACCGAUGUCAUUUAUCAGAAUGUCAGUCCUGAACGUGCCAUUCAAAUCGUCGACAAGGGUGUGCAAGUUCAUACUUUGAAAAGAUAUAAUUUGCCUGAUACUGUUGUUUGGAAUCCAUGGGUUGAGAAGUCUCAAGGAAUGGCUGAUUUCGAACCAAAAACUGGCUACGAACAAAUGAUAUGUAUUGAACCUGGUCACGUUCAUGAUUUCAUCACUUUGGCUCCUGGUAAGAAAUGGAACGCUCAUCAAUUGCUUUGCAAGGAUGAAUUGAACUACCAAGCUAUCCAAUAA